GUGGCCAAAUAGGCUUAGGAGGAUCGCCAUGGCAACCGCAAAUCACAAUCAAGGAGCGCGAGUGAGCAUCCGAGUGAAUCAGCGGCCCCCCUGACAAUUGGACAGGACCGCAGCAACAAGUGGCACCCGGCGAGUGGCCGACAAAUCAGAGGCACAACUUGAAAAGGGACAAGGACUUGUCAGUGGGAUCUUUACUGUAAAUAUAAAUUAAAGAAGAAGAAGAAAGGGAAGAGGAAGAAAAAGGGGAUAAAGAAAAGAAGAGGAAGACCUCCGCCGCGUGACGCGUAAAAUCGGGCUGUCCGUGCCAGGCAAAUCAUGGCCCUCACACCAUGGUUCAGGUGGAACGAGCCUCAGUUCCGUCAUGCCCAGAAGAGCCCUGCGGACAUGGUGACGGACACUUUGAUGACGGAGCUGAGCUGGCAGAUGAAGCAGGCCGAGAAGCUUCAGCGAGAACGAGACAAUGAGUACCGGCGACUCAAGACUGGCGUUGACUACAGCUGGCUGAUCAGCUACAACAAGAGUAGUUACGACAUCACGCCUGGCGAGCGGCUGGAGCUCGAGGACACCUGCAGUAAAAUCCACCCGUCCUUCUGUGGGCCGGUCAUUCUCAGGUUUCGCCAGAUGAUCACGGAGUACGAGCCUGAAGUUCAGGAAGUUUCACACCUCUUUCGUACGGUCCUGCAGGAAGCCUUAGAAAAGGUGAAGGAGGACGAAGAGGCCAAAAAGCUGGCCAGGCAGUGGAGCAGCAACAACAAGCGAGCCAUGAGUUUAUCUCUGACGACCUUCAAGUCUCGCGUCAGGAUAUAUCCGUUCAGCAGCGACAUCAAGACCAUUUCUGAGGAUGUGGAGAGGUGCACUGACUCAAACCGGAGAGUGUGGAGCAUGCCGGAGUUCCGGCAGUCGAAAAAGUUAUGAUGGACUCAAGCGGGGCACAAGUCACUGCUUGUCCUGUGUGAUACCAGCUACUCUACCGGGGUUUGGUCUUGUAUCAAAGUCACCGAAAUUUAAGCACAAUCGUCACUUCUCUUACUUGCUCGUAUUUUUCAGAUCUGUCCAGUUUUGCUUUCGUUACUCGUUUAUAGCGGUAAACUCACAGCAGACCUCUUGAACUGCCAUGUAUGGCAAUGUUGGCCCAGCUGCAACCAUUUCACCGGCAUCAAAAAUGGGAUCAUUUGUCCACACCGACGCCCCAGAUCCAAGAUCUGACCGCUGUUAACAUGACAGCACUCAUUUUAAGAGUCCUCCGCUCCACUCUCCGCGGCUGCUGGGGUUGGCUUUGGGAACCGCCUUUGGGAAUCUCAUCUUAGGCUGAAUUUAUGUUUCAGGUAUUUCUUGCAUAAAAAUACAAGAAAAGGGAAAGAAAUUGGAACAGGUGUUCAUAUUGAUGCUGUAUCGUAAAAUAUCGCAAUAAGUGAGAAACGUUAAAGGUGUGGGAUUUACUUUUUACUCAUUAAAACAGGAAGGAACGGUCCUUACUCUUUAUAACCUGCUGAGUUUUUGCAAGUAAACAUUAAAAAAAAAACAAAAACAGUUUCAAUGUUGU